CAUAAAAUGUAAUAUUCUUUCUCCACUCAAUCUGUAAGUCGCUCACCAUUAAUAAAAAGCUAUAAAAUGUUUCCUAUCAAUUACUGGAGAACAUAAAGUUGUUCCCUAUUACGAGAAACCAUAAAAAUAUUUUAAUUGUUUAAGUCAGUAAUGUCAGUAUAUCUGCACCAUUGUGUUGUGUUCGGUUAUAUUUGUCAGGGCAAUCAUGAUUGUGAAUAAAAUGGAGUCUAAUAAUAUUGCUGAAGGAAGGGUGAUGGGUCGAAGAUUUGUGCUAACCCUGGUGAUUGGGAUCUCGGCCGGAUUUAGUUUCGCGUACAUACUGUUAACGUCGACCGGAUCCUCGCCGUACAGAGACUUCGACAAGCACCCAAUCAUGGAGGUCCAAGACCACAGGUUCGACGAGCCAGCCCACCGAGACGAGGACCGGACGGAGGCGGACGAGUUGUCAAAGAAAGUCCGUGUAUUGUGUUGGAUCAUGACGCAGCCCAGCAACCAUGAGAAGAAGGCGCGGCAUGUGAAAGCUACGUGGGGGAAGCGGUGCAAUAAGCUCAUAUUUAUGAGCUCGCAGGAAGACCCGAAUCUCCCGGCGGUGAAGCUGCCAGUGCAAGAAGGACGAGAUUAUCUCUGGGCCAAGACAAAAGAGGCCUUCCGAUACGUGUACGAGCACCACAGGAGGGAUGCCGACUGGUUCCUUAAGGCUGAUGAUGACACAUAUGUAGUAGUGGAGAAUUUGCGCUACAUGUUGUCGGAGUACAACAGCAACGACCCUGUGUACUUUGGUUGCCGGUUCAAACCAUUCACCUCACAGGGUUACAUGAGUGGCGGGGCGGGCUACGUUUUAAGUCGCGAGGCGUUGGAUCUGUUCGUGAACAAGGGGCUGCCAUCGCCACACUUGUGUAAGGCCAGCGAGCAUGGCGCCGAAGACGCUGAGAUGGGUAUUUGUCUAGAAAGAAUCGGCGUGAAGGCCGCAGACAGCCGGGACAGCGUGGGCCGCGGGCGGUUCUUCCCGUUCAUGCCGCGGGACCACCUGUUCCCCAGCAAGGACAAGGGCUUCUGGUACUGGAAGUACAUCUACUAUCCUUCCGACGAGGGCCUAGACUGCUGUUCAGACCACGCAAUCUCAUUCCACUACGUGAAUCCUCAGGAUAUGUACAUAUUAGACUAUUUAAUCUACCACCUCCGGCCGUACGGCAUCAAGUAUGGCGUCAGCGACGCCAAAACUAGUGCAAAUAUAGUAGGCAGUAAUGAAACUAAGCAAGGUACUCAGUAGUUUAACCUUUUAACCUAAGUAUAGUACUGAUAUGUAAAAAGUGAUUAAUGUGUGCGCUGUG